UUGUGUGUCAAGACUGCUAUGGAAGAGACGUGUAUGCGGUCAAUAAAGAGUAUUUUUCUAGACCUUUGUUACUAAAAAUAGUUCUAGGGGCUGAUGGUACAGUAUAGUAUUAUUUUUAAUUAUAUGUUACUUUACCACAGUGCAAAGAUAAAUAUGAGAACUGCAGCUGGUAAUAAAUUUGUGUCAUGUCUACAUUAUGCAUGACUGUGCACUUAUUUUAACGGGACAGGAGUUUGGUUAUUGUGUUUGCCCUGAAGGUCCCUGGUUUCAAUCCCACUCCUGUGGCACCUUAAUCAAGGCUCUGAAUUGACACAAUACCCUAAAUAUAAUGGAUAAUCGUUGUUGAGUUGUCCAUUUGCAUAGUUAGCUAAAUAAAGCCCAACAAAUACAGCUUCACCUCGCUAAGUGUUUUUUUUCCGUCACAGUAACUCUAAGAAACAAUUCAAGUAGGUCUGGGUUUUUACAGGCUCACUGCAGCAAUGUAGCCUACCAAACUUUCAGUGCAGCCUGGCAAAGUCUGUCAGUCAACAUGUUUACAACAUUGCUUAGAAGUUUCACAUGAGUAAAGGGUACAUUUUAAUUUAACAAAUGUAAAUUAUAGUAACAAGUAUUAAUAUUGCAUGAAAAAAGUGAAUGUUUAUGUCUAGAAAUUAGUAAAUUGGGGAUGGUGGAAAAUGGUGGAAAAUGUUGACAUGAUCAAGUCAUUAUUUUUAAAAUGUACCUUCUCUGGACCAGCCAUAGCAAUUGUGGGUGUCAGUUUCGACCAUUUUGGUUUGACCUCCUGGACUUCAGAUAAUUUCAGAUUAGAUAUAAGGAAUGUAUACUGUAUUAUUGUAUUGUACUGAAAACAAAGCAGUAUCUCUGUCCCCUCCUCACUCCAGCUUCUUUUGUAGGUUGUUCCUUACUUUUCAGAUCUGGAAAUUGCAACCCUAAUGAAGGGCCCCAUGAGUGCACAGGGCCCCAUUGCAUAAAAUAAAUUCAGCUGGUCUAAGGCCACCCCUGCAUCCUGUUUACUUUCAGUGGCAUCCUGCAUGACUAACUGCUUAGAGUCUGGCUGGAAUCAAGAAGUCUUUCUUUAUCUCUCUCUGCCUGUUCUCCUCUACGCUUUGGUACCUCGGCAGCAGCACCAAAGGAGAAGGUAAAACAUCAGAAGGACAGCACAUGGGAUAUUUAAUUCAAAGUGACUGUGAAGGAGCCAUCAUUUUGGUGAGGUGAUCAGAUCUAACUGACCAGGGUUUUAAAAGAUUCCCAGUGAAAAGUAGCUUGUAAGAAAAAAACCUACAUUGAGCAUAGAACAUAGGAAGGUGAAAUAGUGUAAGGUCAGCAAUAAUCAUGCAUGCAUGCAUGUGUGCUCUGGAGUUGCUGGGGAUGUUUUCCUCCAUUGUAGCCUGGCUCUGCUCCUUCGCCACCACCAUCUUGCCCACUUGGAUUUCCCAUUCUACAGAGCUGCUGCCUACUGAGAGCUAUGAGCAGGGCUUAUGGGAGUCCUGUGUGAUGCACGACAACGGCGAUAUGGAGUGCAGAGCAUAUGACACCCUGCUGGGCUUGCCGCAAGACAUAAAACUGGCACAGAUCUUCAUGUGCCUGGGUCUGACCACCGGUGUUCUGGCUGUGUUGCUGCCCAUCCCAGGACUCUACCUGAUUAAUUGCUGCAAGGGGCCUGAGGGUCAGCGGGCCAAAAGAAUCAUGAAGAUACUUGGGGGCAUCUUUUGCCUUGUAACUGGAGUGGAGGUACUGAUACCGGUGUCUUACGUUGCCCAUAAAACAGUUGAGCACUUCUUUGACGAGUCUAUGUCAGAAAUGCUGUCGAGACCAGAGUUUGGUGAUGCGCUCUUCUGCGGCUGGGUUGCUGGCUUCCUCCACCUGGUGUCUGGGGUGCUGCUGGUGAGCUCCUGCUUCUGUUCAAAGAGAGAGUCGGAUCCUGCGCCCCAUCGGAGACAGUGCGUGAAAGCCAUUGCCUACUCCUCCAAAAGUACAUCAGAGUAUGUAUGCCGUGGAACUUGAGAACAUGGAGUCUGUCACCUUGGAGGCUGCAUCUGUUCUGAUGUCCUUCUCCCACCUGAGACAAUGAGAGACACUGGUCAGAAGAGAUGAUGAACAGGGAAUAGUCCUGGUUGUGACGACCCCCUCUGGAAGUGGUGCGGCCUCUUUUGCAGACUCACCCCUGGGACCCCACUUUCAGC